ACUCAUCGUGAUAUGCUUAGUAAGGCCAAAUAGAUAACACUGACCGCCGCUGUUGCACACGAACUCCGCACAUUUACCAGACCUAACUUCAAGAUGAGACUGUUUGUAGCUGUUGCCCUUUUAGGACUGGUGGCUGGUAACUCGGAGCCCAUGAAGGAGGCGGCUAUGUUUGACGGCGUGGACAACGACCACGACGGCUACCUGUCUCACGGCGAGCUCAAAGCCCUCUUCUUCCUCUUCGAUCCUAACCAUGACAAAACCAUAACGAAGCAGGAGUUCACUACAGACUGGGUCAGCAAAUUCCAGCUUGGAAACGAGCGUCAGGCGCAUGCGCUCUUCCAGAAAGCCGACCAGACGGAUGAUGGUCUACUCAAGAUGGAUGAUUUACCCUUCAUCUUCCAGGCGUUUGAUCUCAAUGGAGAUGACCGAGUGGACAUGAACGAAUUCCUCACUAAGUGGGGUGAUCUCGAACUAUACGUGGUCAAAUCCGCCAACUGAAAACAGACUGCUUAAACUGAAAACAGACUGCUUAAACUGCAAUAAACCGUGUCCAUUC